CGAAGGCUUGAGAAGUGGUGUGGUCCGUGUGGUAGCGAAAAGCAAGCAAGAUUUUUGAAAAUGAAAAAAGUUUGCGCAGUGCUUUAUUUGUUUUGUUACGGUGGGAAUAUGUUUAUGGCAGAUGUGCACGAGAAGAUGAGAGAGUGAGGACAGGUGGUGUAAUUAGAAGCUCGGAUUUCGGUUUAUCGAUGGACCGUACAAAAUGCUCUUGUUCUUUUCUGUCAUGUGGACAAACCUUCGGGAGACGUGACUUAUGGUGGCUUUUGUGCUGAGAACAGUUUCGGUGGUGUCUGGAUGCAUCGCCCCUCCACAACGGAUCUUAUGGAGAUUUGUUUAAGGGAAUAUGUUUAGCCUUGAUUUGACAUUUUGAGUCUCGAAUUAUAUAUAUAUAUAUAUAUAUAUAUAUUUUGCUUAAUGGGUUUGAAUGCGGUCUCUUGGACAAUUGAUGUGUUUCUUUGUAACCUACCCACUCGUUGAAGACAUGCGUCGAUUUUGAUUUAUUCACAAGAAGUAGAAAGCCCACGGUCAAAGAAGUAAAGGCUUGAACUUCAAAACUGAGGAACAUUUAUUUGUGAACAACUCCACAUGCGGAUAGGAAUAUUUAUCAUCACUUGUUGCCUUGGCUAAGGACAUUAUGAUGGACUAAAACGAGUAUUUUUUCCCCGAUCAAAUUACUUUCUCUACCCCACCCUGCUUCCCAGGGGCUAACCCUCUCCCCUCUCUCCUGUUUUUCUUGCUCUUCGCAGAAUGUCCCGGUUCGGAGACAACGUUCCCGCCAUGUUGGGCUCCGGGGAUGGGGGCUCCAAGCGCAACAGGAACCGGGAGGGAGCACCUGUAUCUACAGGUGGUGGAGUUUCCCCAGCCUUUAAACAGACCAAAGCGCAGAGAGCUCGCACCAUGGCCCUGUACAACCCCAUCCCUGUCAGACAGAACUGUUUCACCGUCAAUAGAUCACUCUUCAUUUUCGGGGAGGACAACAUUGUUCGGAAGUACGCAAAGAAGGUCAUAGAGUGGCCUCCGUUUGAGUACAUGAUCCUCGCCACCAUCAUCGCCAACUGUAUCGUCCUGGCCCUGGAGCAGCACCUGCCCGGAGAGGACAAGACCCCCAUGUCUAAGAGACUGGAAAAGACAGAACCUUACUUCAUUGGGAUGUUCUGCUUUGAAGCUGGGAUUAAAGUGGUGGCAUUGGGAUUUGUAUUCCAUAAAGGCUCCUACCUAAGAAAUGGCUGGAACGUCAUGGAUUUCAUUGUGGUUCUGAGUGGGAUUCUGGCCACAGCGGGAGCUCACAUGAACAUCCCAGUGGACCUGCGGACCCUGAGGGCCGUCCGUGUACUCAGACCCCUCAAACUGGUCUCUGGAAUCCCUAGCCUGCAGAUAGUCCUGAAAUCUAUCAUGAAAGCCAUGGUGCCGCUGCUCCAGAUUGGCCUGUUGCUCUUCUUCGCCAUUCUCAUGUUUGCCAUCAUCGGCCUGGAGUUCUACAGCGGGAAGCUCCACAGCACCUGUCUGCCCAUGCCCAAUAUCCUAGAGAAUGAGACGGUGGACAAGUCUGAGUCAGAGUUCCCGUGUGGGGUAAGGAAGUGCCCUGACAAGUACACCUGCCAUGACACCUGGAUCGGCCCCAACGACGGCAUCACCCAGUUUGACAACAUCCUGUUUGCUGUGCUCACCGUCUUCCAGUGCAUCACCAUGGAGGGCUGGACCACCGUGCUCUACAACACCAAUGAUGCUUUAGGCCCCACUUGGAACUGCAUGUACUUCAUCCCUCUGAUAAUCAUUGGCUCCUUCUUCGUGUUGAACCUGGUAUUGGGAGUGCUCUCAGGAGAGUUUGCCAAAGAGAGGGAGCGGGUUGAGAACCGCAGGGCGUUCAUGAAGCUGCGGAGGCAACAGCAGAUUGAGAGGGAACUCAAUGGCUACCGGGCCUGGAUUGACAAAGCAGAGGAGGUGAUGCUUGCAGAGGAUAAUAAGAAUUCAGGACCGUCUGCUCUUGAUGUGCUGAAGAGGGCCACAAUCAAGAGGAGAGAGGAGAGGAGAGGACUGGACCAGCAGUAUGGUGACAUCUCUUCUGUGGGCAUCCCGAUGACCAGAGCCAGCAUCAGGAGUGCUAAGAGAGGACCCACCGCUUAUUUGAAGCGUAAGGAGCGUCUGCUGCGGAUCUCUCUCCGCCGCAUGGUGAAGACACACAUCUUCUACUGGACCGUACUGGGCCUGGUGGCCCUCAACACACUCUGUGUUGCCAUCGUCCAUCACAACCAACCCCACUGGCUGUCUGUGUUCCUCUACUAUGCAGAGUUCCUCUUUCUGGGUCUGUUUCUGACUGAAAUGUGUUUAAAGAUGUACAGCCUGGGACCCAGACUCUACUUCCACUCUGCCUUCAAUCGCUUCGACUGCGGGGUGAUAGUGGGAAGCAUCUUUGAGGUGAUGUGGGGAUUCUUCAGGCCUGGCAUGUCCUUUGGCAUCAGUGUGCUGCGUGCGCUCCGUCUGCUGAGGAUAUUCAAGAUCACCAAGUACUGGGCGUCGCUGAGGAACCUGGUGGUAUCCCUGAUGAAUUCUAUGAAAUCAAUCAUCAGCCUCAUUUUCCUCCUCUUCCUCUUCAUCCUGGUCUUUGCUCUGCUGGGCAUGCAGCUCUUUGGUGGCAGGUUCAUCUUUGAAGACUACACUCCUACAAACUUUGAUACUUUUCCUGCAGCCAUCAUGACUGUAUUUCAGAUUCUGACAGGAGAAGACUGGAAUGAGGUGAUGUACAAUGGGAUCCGCUCCCAGGGAGGAGUGAAGUCAGGAAUGUGGUCCUCCAUAUACUUCAUUGUACUCACACUCUUUGGUAACUACACGCUGUUGAAUGUUUUCUUGGCCAUCGCUGUGGACAAUCUGGCCAAUGCCCAGGAACUAACCAAGGAUGAAGAGGACGAAGAGGCUGCUUUCAAUCAGAAACAUGCUCUCCAGAAAGCAAAGGAAGUAGGGGCCAUGUCUUCCCUGAUGUCAUCAGACAGGAGGAGGAGACCCUACCUGUAUAGGAAAAGAGCGAUACACAGGAGCCGGCCUGCCUACUCUCUGGAGGAGGCUGAGAGCCUCGCCGAGGGGCCCCCAUGCCCGCCACUGAAUUCCUCUAACUCUUUCAUGUCCAGGAGGGAGAGGAGUAGACGGAUGACCAUGUCUGUGUGGGAGCAGAGAACCAGCCAACUGCGCAGGCACCGGCAGAUGUCCAGCCGAGAGAUCCUCUUCAGCAACCCCAGUGAGGAGCAGGAAGCGCCCCCUGGCUGUCCCCACCACCUCAAAGCAACAGGCACACCCACAGGCAGCUUGAAGCUGGCUGAUCCCACAGCUGACCCUAAGGACUUCACAGCUAAGCCCCCAAAGCCCAUGGAGAUUCCCCUAGAGGAACCAGCCCUGUCCAUGGGUGUCCCUGAGCCCCACUUAUCCAGCCCUUUACCAGAGCCACCCGAUCCCACUGACACGCCCCUGCCGGACUCCCCCACGUCCACAGCUGUGUUCAUACCGGAGCCUACAGAAUCUGAGCCAUGCCCAGAGGGCAAGCGUGGCAUCCCCAAUCACUGCCACCAAGGCUUCAAUGGCCGCAAGAGCCCCUGGUUGAAUGGGGAGAGAAGGCAGAGAGCGGUGCGUAAGUUCCGCCCUCCUGCUGGUGACACCCUGACCACUGACAUGGAAGGCAUGAGGCUCAGGAGGCCACAGGGCACAGGGCACUGUGAGGCUCAGGCUGGGGCCAGAGGCCUGGACUCACCUCAGGCGGAGGGCAGCAGUCUCUCUGUCAGCAUGGAGAGGAAGACCCCAGAGGACCCAGUGGAGGAGGUGAGGAAAGACGGUAACAAGGGAGAAACCAGCCAACCUUCCAAGACCAGGGAGGCUGAACACAGACAGAUGGACCAUGAUCAGACUGGGGGUCCUGAGCUGCAGAACAGGGAGGAGGGUCUACAGUCAGAUCCACCCACCCUGCAGCCAUCUCAGGCUGCAGUUCUGGCGCUACCAGAGGGCCCCACAGGAGACAGUGAGACCGAUAGCAAUGCCACCACUCUGAACCAGUCCCCUCUGAGUUCCAGUGUCGUCAUCGAGGUGACCGAUGUCCAGUUGUCACUAGAGCUCACCCCCAUCACAGGCAACAGUAAAGAUGUGGAGGCAUCCAAGCCUGAGAAGGACGAGGAAGAGGUGGCCAACCCAGUCAAUACUGUCACACCUGACAGUAUGUUCAUCUUCAAACCUGACAAUCCGAUCCGCCGGACCUGUCACUAUGUGGUGAACCUGCGUUACUUUGAGAUGUGCAUCCUGCUGGUGAUCGCUGCCAGCAGUAUCGCCCUCGCUGCAGAGGACCCCGUUUCAGCCACCUCUGACUGGAACAAAGUUUUGCGUUACUUUGACUACGUGUUCACAGGUGUCUUUACCUUUGAAAUGAUAAUAAAGAUGAUAGACCAGGGCUUGAUUCUCCAUGACGGCUCCUACUUCCGGGACCUGUGGAACAUUCUAGACUUCAUCGUGGUGGUCGGAGCUCUGGUUGCCUUCGCCCUCACGAAUGUGCUGGGAAAUAAUAAAGGACGGGACAUCAAAACCAUCAAGUCUCUUCGGGUGCUGCGCGUCCUGAGGCCCCUGAAGACCAUCAAGAGACUGCCGAAACUCAAGGCAGUGUUUGACUGUGUGGUGACCUCUCUGAAGAACGUCUUCAACAUCCUCAUCGUCUACAAGCUCUUCAUGUUCAUUUUCGCUGUCAUCGCUGUGCAGCUGUUCAAGGGGAAGUUCUUCUACUGCACUGACGGAUCCAAAGACACAGAGAAGGACUGCCAGGGCUUCUACAUAAACUAUGAGAAAGACAAACAGGAGGUGAAGAGGAGGGAGUGGAGGAGACAUGACUUUCACUAUGACAAUAUAGUCUGGGCCCUGCUCACUCUGUUCACCGUCUCCACUGGGGAAGGCUGGCCACAGGUCCUGCAGCACUCUGUGGAUGUGACAGAGGAGGACAGAGGACCCAGCCAGGGAAACAGAAUGGAGAUGUCCAUCUUCUAUGUCAUCUACUUUGUGGUCUUCCCCUUCUUUUUCGUCAACAUAUUUGUGGCUCUCAUCAUCAUCACCUUCCAGGAGCAGGGAGACAAGAUGAUGGAGGAGUGCAGCUUGGAGAAGAAUGAGAGGGCUUGCAUUGACUUUGCCAUAAGUGCCAAACCCCUGACCCGCUACAUGCCUCAGAACAGGCAGACGUUCCAGUACCGCCUCUGGCACUUUGUGGUCUCCCCCUCCUUUGAGUACACCGUGCUGGCCAUGAUUGCACUCAACACCAUUGUCCUGAUGAUGAAGUAUUACUCAGCCCCACCAGUGUACGAGGCUGUGCUGAAACACCUGAACACAGCCUUCACUGUGCUCUUCUCUGUGGAGUGUGUCCUCAAGAUCAUGGCAUUUGGCUUUCUGAACUACUUUCGAGACACUUGGAAUAUAUUUGACUUCAUCACGGUGUUGGGCAGCAUCACAGAAAUAGUGGUGGACCUGCAGUCAAUUGAGACCUUCAACAUGGGUUUCCUGAAGCUGUUCCGAGCUGCUCGACUGAUCAAGCUGUUGAGGCAGGGUUACACCAUCCGCAUCCUGCUCUGGACCUUUGUCCAGUCCUUUAAGGCUCUCCCCUACGUCUGUCUGCUCAUUGCCAUGCUCUUCUUCAUAUAUGCAAUCAUCGGAAUGCAGGUUUUUGGAAACAUCAGACUGGAUGAGGAGACUCACAUCAACCAACACAACAACUUCAAGACCUUCUUUGGUGCUCUGAUGUUGCUAUUCAGGAGUGCCACGGGGGAGUCGUGGCAGGAGAUCAUGCUGUCAUGUUUAGGGGGGCAGAAGUGUGAGCCAGACCCCUUAGCUCUAACGUCAGACCACGAGGAGCGCUGUGGAACUGAGUUUGCCUACUUCUACUUUGUUUCCUUCAUCUUCUUCAGCUCAUUUCUGAUGCUGAAUCUGUUUGUGGCUGUGAUCAUGGACAACUUUGAGUACCUCACCCGGGAUUCUUCCAUCUUGGGGCCUCAUCAUCUGGAUGAGUUUGUUCGUAUCUGGGGUGAAUACGACCGAGCUGCUUGCGGGCGUAUUCAUUACACUGACAUGUACGAGAUGCUGACUGAUAUGUCGCCACCUCUUGGCCUCGGAAAGAAAUGUCCCUCCAAAGUGGCUUAUAAGAGGUUGGUGCUGAUGAACAUGCCCGUGGAUGAGGAGAUGUCUGUUCACUUCACCUCCACCCUCAUGGCCCUGAUCCGAACUGCCCUGGAGGUCAAGAUAGCCAGAGGAGGGGAGGACAGGGGGCAGAUGGAUUCAGACCUACAGAAGGAGAUCAGUAUCAUCUGGCCACACCUUUCUCAGAAGACGCUAGACCUGCUCGUCCCCAUCCACAAAGCCAAUCAUAUGACCAUUGGGAAGAUCUACGCAGCUAUGAUGAUCAUGGACUACUACAAGCAGAGCAAAGCCAAGAAGCUCAGGCAACAGCUGGAGGAGCAGAAACACGCUCCCAUGUUCCAGCGUAUGGACGCGUCCUCUCUGCCUCAGGACAUCCUCUGCAGUGCCAAAGCCCUCCCCUUUCUGACCCACAGCGCUGGAUCUGCCCUGACCAGAGGAGGGUUUGUCGCCUUGAGUCCCAUCUCCCCCCAGGAGAUGUUCAUGCAGCCCAUGUCCCAGGACCUUGAGGAUAAAGAGGAGGACUACCACCACUAUCACCACCACCACCACCACCACCAGCUCCACACUCUGGUUGGGACGGACAGCAGCAAAUUGAUGAAACGCUCCUUCUCCACUAUUGGUGAUCAGUGCGUAAAUGGGCUGUGGCAGGAGGAGUACUCUCUGGAGAGGGUCAGUUCUGACCGUCUGUGUAGACCACGACAGAGGAGCAUCAGAGGCAUCAGGUCCAACCUCAGGGAACCAGUGGAUCAAGAGCGGGGGCGCUCCAAAGAGCGGCGCCACCUGCUGUCUCCCGACGUGUCCCGCUGCAACUCUGAGGAGCGGGGCCAGGACACGUCACAGGAACGCAAGCAGUCCCGCUCCCCCAGCGAGGGACACGCACAUGUCCACCAUAGACAGGGCAACACUUCAGGCAGCCCAGGCCCGUCUAACUCUGAGUCCAGCACACCCAGUGGCCGUCGGCAGCUCCCCCAGACGCCAUCGCGGCCACGCCUUCACAUCUCCUACUCCCCCCUGAUAUGCCGAGCCCACCCCUCCCCCCCUGCUGUCAGCGAGGGCAGAGCCCAGACCCAGGAGGCCCCUAGAGAGACGGAGGAGGCCUUGUGGAGGGAGGAAGGGGAGAGGCCAGCCCAGGUGGCAGGAGGAGGAUCUGGGGUGGGGGUGGUAGUAGGGGUGAGUGACCCAGGGUUAGGGGUCAGUCACCCACAUCCCUCCCCUCACCGGUACAUCUCGGAGCCAUACCUGCCCCUGCACGAGGAGUUCUACAGCCCAGACUCCUCAGGCCUGGAGGAGACUCUGACCUUCGAGGUGGCCAUUGCAACCAGUCUGGGUCGGGCCAACACCAUCAGCUCUGCCCCCCAGCUCAGACACAACUGGCAGGUCCCCAACGGACACUUCCAUAAACGCCUGGGUCAGGCCAGCUCUGUGGCCGCCUGCGAGCUCCUGUGUGACACCGACGUGGAUGACCGCUGUUAGGGCCGGGACUGGGAGAGGAAGAUGAGGAAGAUGGACAGCAAAACUGGGUACCAGAGAGACAGGGGUCCUCAGUCUGAAGUACACUGUCAGGGCGUGUACUGAGUGUGCAUCUGUCUGUGUGUGUGUGUGUGUGUGUGUGUGUGUGUGUGUGUGUGUGUGUGUGUGUGUGUGUGUGUGUGUGUGUGUGUGUGUGUGUGUGUGUGUGUGUGUGUGUGUAGGAGUGCAAUAUGUUUGCCAAAUCAAUAAGACAGGGAAGAUAUGGGAAGUGCACUGCUGACGUACAGUGUAAAAGUUCACCAGUUGCAUUUUGAUUGUUGUUUGAACAAAGUCGAAUAACUGGGGAGAAUGUAUCCUCACUGCUUAGACCUAUGAAAAAUAAUAAGUAUGUUUCAAGUACAGUAUGUAGCUGAAAAUAGCAUGUGAGACUGAAGUAGCAGGAAUGUAUUAAAAUUGUUCUCUUUUCCUCAUGUAAGAUAAGAAGAAAGCUCUCAAUUGUUAGAUCUUUGUGGAUCAUGAAACAGUGAUUGGUGUGUAGGGAUCCGAAACAGACAUUGGCUGUCACAACAGACACUGCUUUAAAACAACCCAGCUAGCACAUUUGGUUGCUUGGAAAUUGUGGCAACGAAAGUUCUUGGUCCUGGCAACGAAGCCAUAAGUUUCUUCACCAGUAAAAUGCAAUGUUUUUUCAACAUUCUGAGAAUGGAGGUGAAAAUAUUGUCUUUUCUGGGAAAGUACAUUUUUAGGUUGUAGAGAGGAUCUGAGAACAUUUUACUAUGGUUACCUGAAAGUUUUAUUAACGUUCUGAGAACGUAAAUUAUAGGUAGUUUUACUGUUUUGAACUCCAAGCACAGAUAGGACAUUCAUGAGGCAUUAAUCAUGCAAACACAUUUCUUUUUUUAUUGUGGCACAACACCAGUGAGAUUCAAACCUAUAAUCCUCUGUUUUCUAUUCAUGGAAUUAGUCCACUGUGCCACCAGGAUGCAGUUAGCAUGCCAUGUUUUUUUUUAAACUCAUACAAAGCUGUUAAUUUUAGUCUAUUCAAAAGACCCUAUUUCAAAGGAAACAGGCACUUAUUAAGAUCAGGUGUGGCUCAUUAGUGGUCAUGGUCAACACACCUGAACACACUUAAGAGUAUAGAGAUAGUUUUAUUGAUGCUGUGAACAGAAUCUUCAGUAAAAAGUUUGGACACACCUACACAUUUCUUUAUUUUGGCUGUUUUCUACAUUGUAGAGUAAUUGUGAAGUCAUCAAAACUAUGAAAUAACACAUAUGGAAUCAUGUAGUAACCAAAAAAGAGUUGAACAAAUCCAAAUAUAUUAUAGAUUUUAAAUUAUUCAAAGUAGCCACCCUUUGCCUUGAUAACAGCUUUGCACACUCAACCAGCUUCAUGAGGAAUGCUUUUCCAACAGUCUUGAAGGUUUUCCCACGUAUGCUGAGAACUUGUUGGCUCUUUUUCCUUGAUUCUGCGGUCCAACUCAUCCCAAACCUUCUCAAUUGGGUUGAGGUCAGGUGAUUGUGGAGGCCAGGUCAUCUGAUGCAGCACUCCAUCACUCUCCUUCUUGGUCAAAUAGACCUUACACAGCCUGGAGGUGUGUGCUGGGUCAUUGUCCUGUGGAAAAACAAAUUAUAGUCCCACUAAUCGCAAACCAGAUGGGAUGGCAUAUCGCUGCAGAAUGUUGUGGUAGCCAUGCUGGUUAACUGUGCCUUGAAAUCUAAAUAAAUCACCAACAGUGUCACCAGCAAAGCACCCCCACACCGUCACACCUCCUCCUCCAUGCUUCACAGUGGGAACCACACAUGCGGAGAUCAUCCGUUCACCUACAGUACUCUGCGUCUCACAAAGACACGGUGGUUGGAACCAAAAAUCUCAAAUUUGGACUCUUCAGACCAAAGGACAUAUUUCCACCGGUCUAAUGUCCAUUGCUCGUGUUUCUUGGCCCAAGCAAGUCUCUUCUUAUUAUGGGUGUCCUUUAGUAGUGGUUUCUUUGCAGCAAUUUGACCAUGAAUGCCUGAUUCCCACAGUCUCCUCUGAACAGUUGAUGUUGAGAUGUGUCUGUUACUUGAACUAUGUGAUUUAUUUGGGCUGCAAUCUGAGGCAGGUAACUCUAAUUAACUUCAUCAUAGCGCUUGACUGACCUUCAUGUCUUAACCCUUGUGAUGUCUUAAGGGUAAAAAAUGACCCGCCACUAUGUUUAACAGCAGAGAAAACCCCCUAAAUUAUAUUUUGUCAACUUGAAAUUUGAUUGAGUGACCCCAACAUUAGAAAAAGUGAAACAUCGCCUUUGUUCAUAUUUCAAAGAAAGCUGUACACCACCAGGAUACAAAGAUUGUCUCAUAGGCUGACCACACCGCUUGCGUUGCGUGCACGAGCGUCGCAAAAUAAAUGUAGAAAUCCACGUUAUUAAAUGAUUGCACCCACACUGCUCACGCGCACCAACGAGUGUCUGCGUUGCCAAAGGCUAAAAUAGAAAUCGGUUCUAUUUCUGACGCAGAUCGUGCUACAAGUCCUGCCACUCCCAUCGGUUUGUAGAAGCAGGUACCCACGUGCCAUCUCCUCACUGGUUAUACCCACGUGGGUGACUGAAGACGAACGAGGUCGAGGCGAGGCUAUACAAGUGGUAUCUCUUGCAAAAAAAUAUGUUUACACCUAUGCAGUACCUUUAGCAGUAGUAAUAAUAAUAAUAAACCUCUACUUUAGUAAAGAAAACAAUUAUGACAGGUGUUUUAAAAACGAGUGGUGUCCACUGAUGCAGUCAAUGCAGUCUUUCUGCAUUGUGAAGAGUGACAGGUGACAGGUUGUUUCUUCAUGCAAAAUAGAUUUGUUGGUUUAAAAUUCAAUUAAGCUGCUUUAUUUUAGGGGUUUAAUGAAGGCAGGACAUUUUUUACCCUUAGGACAAAGGGAGUAUACAGAAUGCUAAGACUACACAAGGGAUGUCUUAAAGUAAUGAUGGACUGUCGUUUCUCUUUGCUUAUUUGAGCUGUUCUUGUCCUUCUGUGGCUCAGUUGGUAGAGCAUGGCGCUUGUAACGCCAGGGUAGUGGGUUCGAUUCCCGGGACCACCCAUACGUAGAAUGUAUGCACACAUGACUGUAAGUCGCUUUGGAUAAAAGCGUCAGCUAAAUGGCAUAUAUUAUUAUUAUUAUUAUAUGGACUUGGUCUUUUACCAAAUAGGGAUAUCUUCUGUAUACCACCCCUACCUUGUCACAACACAAUGGAUUGCCUCAAAUGCAUUGAGGCUAGAAAUUUCAGAAAUGAACUUUUAACAACUCACACCUGUUAAUUGAAAUGCAUUCCAUGUGACUACCUCAUGAAGCUGGUUGAGAGAAUACCAAGAGUGUGCAAAGCUGUCAUUGAGGCAAAGGGUGGCUAUUUUGAAGAAUAUAAAAUAUAUUUUGAUUUGUUCAACACUUUUUUGGUUACUACAUGAUUACAUGUGUGUUAUUUCCUAUUUUAUUAUUCUACAAUGUAGAAAAUAGUCAAAAUAAAGAAAACCCCUUGAAUGAGUAGUUGUGUCCAAACUUUUGACUGGUACUGUAUACGUUUUUAAAUAACAUUCUCAGAAUGAUCUUGGAACGAGUGAUGAGGAAACUAAGCUUCCUGAAGCAUUGCGCAUUUCCAGCCAAUUGUGUCAAAAAUAGGUUAAUUACUCAAAGCUUUGAUCAACACGUUGUACACUAGUGGCACCUGCUGGUCAAAAUCAUUUAGAACCGCCAAAUUAUUAUAGAUGAAGUCGCACACGCCGUAGCGCGUGUGCAGGGUAGCGUUUUUGUCUUCUACCAAAACCAAUACAAAACCAAUCAGGUGGUUGCUCGAAAAAAAACUAUGUUUCAGAAGUCACUGAUCUCGUACUUCUGAUCAAGUGAAACAAGCAUUGGCACACUGCUUCAAAGUAAACUUCUUAGCAAUUUUCUUGUGGUUUUUAUGGAACGUUUUCUUAAUGUUCUGAGAACAUUUGGGGUGGCAGAUAGCCUAUUGAGCAUUGGGCUAGUAACUGAAAGGUUGCUCGAUCAAAUCCCCAAGCUGACAAGGCAGUUAACCCGCUGUUCCUAAGCUGUCGUUGUAAAUAAGAAUUUGUUCUUAACCUGGUUAAAAAAUAAAAACAUUACUUUAAAGAGAACCAUGAGGAAACCUUCAGGAGAUGUUAGGCUGGAAGUAGUGAAAUUCCCAAAGAAAACGUUUCUGAACCUUCUGAGAACAUUACUUUAAAUAGAGCCAUGAGGAAACCUGUAGAAAGUGUUAUGCUGAAGUACAGAAAUUCCUACAGAAGAAUGUUGUUUGUUAACGUUCUAUGAACAAUUUGAGAACAUUACUUUAAAGAGAACCAUGUGUAAACGUCAUGCUGUGUGAUUGUACAAAACAUUAAGGACACCUUCCUAAUAUUGAGUAUACUCAAUGUAUAUGGAUCUCAGAACUUAUGUGCUAGCUGCACCUUUCCCAGACCCUUGUGGGAAGGUUGUACAGUAUGCAAAAUAACCAUAGGACAACCACGCUCUCACCAAGCUCUAAGAAACAUAUGGUUCUCAGAAUGUUAUGGUAUUUAGGACCCGUUAAGCAAGGACAUGACCUUUCCCUGAUAGAUACUGUACGUUUCCAGAGCUCUGGGGCUUUGAACCCUCUAAAGUGAGGUGUUCCAGUGUCAUUCCAUGUCAAAUCUCUAGUUCUCAUUUUCAGCCUAAACAUGGUGGCUUUGUCCUUGUGUGACCUUCAGUGUGUCUCUGGACAGAAGACCCACUGCCAUGCUGGUGUCUGUCACUGUCACCUCAUUGGAUUAAGCAUGAUUACCACUUUGAGUACUUGGGAGAGGGCCAGCCCUAAACUAUAGACCCUCAGUGGACAGCAGCAAGACUGGCCUCUCCUAAACUACAGACAUAGUGUAAUGUUCAUGUGCUGGAUACUGCUGUCAUGUCAAUAGUCUGGAAAACCAGGCCCUGAUAAAGACAUGCUCUGGGAACAUUGGCGACGACUAAGUAUUUUUUUAAACCUCUCACUCUGGGCUGGAUGUGUUAAUGUGUAGUUCAUACAUGCGUAAUCUAUGAGCAAUUAGUACACAAAAUCCCUAGUUUGGAAGCAACUGUUUUUUUGGAAGCUGUGCUGCACCAUUUUUCCUAAGUUUUCUCCCACGAGAGCCAUCCCUCUAGUAAUUUGAGUUCAACCAAUGAGCUUCAGUCCCUCGCCAUUUGAGUGACCACACGGCAGAGCACGAGAGAGAGCAAAGACGUGGUGCACAUAUGAGACACAGUACCCAAUUUUCGUGGACCACUUUUGGCUCGUAAGCUCUAUUUUCAGAACUACUGGCUGAAAAGUAAACACAAGUACUGGACAAUCUCUUUAAGCUAGAGCAUUUGAAAUAUUAUGUGAGACAACUCGGAUUUCUACAGAGACUACAAAGUCUACAAAGCCAUUUUUCCUGUAAAUAUAAUCAAGUGUCUUGAGGUUGUUUCCUUUUGUGUAAUGAAUCAUAUCUGUCAUUUGAUGCAAAUUAUUUCAACAUGGAUAUUUUUAUGGAUGAUUCCUAACUAUGAUUUAUUUUGAAGUUAACUACCAUGUCACUCAAAACUGACCUAGUCCGUUUUUGCUAUCACGUUGACAGUGCUGUAUAAAACUAGAUUUUAGCCAGAUACAGCUCUGUCUUGUAGCAACAUUAUGAUGGUUAUGAUGAUGGUUGUGAUGAUGGUGAUCAUCAUGAUGGUGAUAGUGAUAAAAUGUGCCUGCCUGUGAGUAGGGUGACUCAAUGCAGUUGAUGGGUCCAUGUCCACUCAGUGGCGUUCUCACUCAUCAGACCCCAACAGAAUUAUGUUUACGCGUGGUUUUUAAGCCCAGCAUUUGAACAUUUUCACUUUUCAACAUUCCAGCGUUUGAACAGUGAUUGUUCCCCAAAAGAUAGCUUCUAUUAUAUCACAUGUCGUGUUGUAACUUGUUUUGUGGACAUCUUUCUGAAAUGUGAAUAGGAGGUAUUUGGUCCAAUGUUGUUCUGGCAUGUACGGGCCCACUGCUCUGUGGAACAUGAUGAGUUUUAUGUUGCUAUUGAAUUUCUGGUAUUGAAAAUAAAAAGCUUUCUGGUAUAUACAGUGCGUAGUGAAAGUCUACACACCCCUUGCACAGUCUUCACAUUUUGCUGCCUUUUAAUGUAAUUUUAUAUUUUUCUACAGAUCUACACAACCUACUUCACAUUUUCAAAGUCGAAGAUAGUAAUAGAACGAAGAUGUCCUCUGUGAAAGCACCUGAAUUGCCAAGUUAAAAUAAAGCUUAAAUAAAAUAAAUACAAAAAAACCUUUGCCAGCUAUUACAGCUGUGAAUAAUUCAGAAAAAUAUUCUACCAACUUUGCACAACUAUUAGGGCAACGUAUGUCCAUUGUUUUUGUCAAAAUUACUCAAGCUCAUUAAAUUUGGUUGGGAAUCAUUGACGGACAUAAAUAUUCAAACCUUGUCUCUGAUUUUCAGGCAAAAGUCAGGACUGAGACGAGACCACUCAGGAACACUCAACACCUUUUGUAAAGCCAUGUCUUUGGCAUUCAUUUUUUUGUAAUUGUCUCACAGAAAAAUAAAACUCUUUUACAAGGUUAGGUUUUCAGAAGACUGGAGCAGGUUUUCAUUGAACUUUUUACCUGGGCUUUGCUCCUUUCAUAUUUAUUUUGAUACUGACAACUUCCAAGUCUCUGCCGAUGACAAGCAUACCCAUAACAUGAUGCUGCUACCCCCACAAUUCUUUCAAAUACAUAGGGUUUCACUCUGUGUUGUGUUGUAUUGGAUUUAUUCCAAACCUGUAUUUUUUAAUUUAGGCCCAAAGUCAAUGUCUUUGACAUGUUGUCUUUCAGUAUUACUUAACAGCCUUGUUGCAAACCAAAUGGAUGAUUUGGAGUGGAUUUCUUAACACAGGCUUCAUUGUUUUCACUUUGUCAUACAGGCCAGUAAUGUGGAGGGAAUGCAAAUGUUGUUGAUCCCUUUGUAUUGUGGUGGCAAGAUUAUGAUAUGAGUAUGCUUUUCACAAGCAGGGACUGGGGAGUUUGUUAGGAUCAAAAUAAAUAUGAAAUGAGCAAAGCCCAGGUAAAAAGUUAGAGGAAAAGUUUUCUGAAAACCUAACUCUGGGAUCGGGUUUUAUUCUCUGCGGGCGAUUACACACAUUUUAAUGCCAAAGACAAACCUGAAUAGAUUUCCAAGAGACAUUGAGUGUUCCUGAAUAGUCCCGUCUCCGUCCUGCUUUAAAAAAAAAUCAGAGACAAGGUUUGAAUAUUGCUGUCCAUCAAUGACUCCCAGACAGAUUUACUGAGCUUGAGCAAUUCUGUCAAAGAUAGAAUCUUAUUCAAAAUGAUUCACAUCUGUAAUGGCUGCCAAAGGUGCUUCCACCAAAUAUUCAUUCUGGGGUGUGAAGACAUACCGAAUCAAUACAUCCUCAAUAUUUCUUAGUAAUUUAGAAAAUGUUCUAUAAAGUUUAGUUCCAAAACGCUAUAACCACACAUUUUUCACAUGUUUUUUUUCAUCCAAAAGUAUUACUUGUCGGUAACUUCAUGUGUGUAAACUAUUACUGCUCUCAGAAUAUUUGUUAAUGGAUUCUAGAUGUGUAUUAAAAUGGGGUUUGCUGCAAAACGCUAUAUAUCCAUUGUUUAGCUGGAAUGAAAUGUUUGUAUCCUGUAUUUGACUGUGAUAUGGGGUGUCACCUAGAGAUCUUAAGAUGAAUGGACUAACUGUAAGUCGCUAUGGAUAAGAGUUAAAGCCUUAUUCUAAAAUUGAUUAAAUCGUUUUUUUUACUCAUCAAUCUACACAAAAUACCCUAUAAUGACAAAGCAAAAAACAGGUUUUUAGACACUUUUGCAAAUGUAUAAAAUAAAAAAAAACGGAAAUAUCACAUUUACAUAAGAACUCAGACCCUAUACUCAGUACUUUGUUACAGCACCUUUGGCAUCGAUUACAGUCUUGAUUCUUCUUGGGUAUGACGCUACAAGCUUGGCACAUCUGUUUUUGGGGAGUUUCUCCCAUUCUUCUCUGCAGAUCCUCUCAAGCUCUGUCAGGUUGGAUGGGGAGUGUUGCUGCACAGCUAUUUUCUCCAGAGAUGUUCGAUCGGAUUCAAGUCUGGGCUCUGGCUAGGCCACUCAAGGACAUUCAGAGACUUGUUCCUAAGCCACUCCUGUGUUGUCUUGGCUGUGUGCUUAGGGUUGUUGUCCUGUUGGAAGGUGAACCUUCGCCCCAGUCGGAGGUCCUUAGCGCUCUGGAGAAGGUUUUGAUCAAAGAUCUCUCUGUACUUUGCUCUGUUGAUCUUUCCCUCGACCCUGAAUAGUCUCCCAGUCCCUGCUGCUGAAAAACAUCCCCACAGCAUGAUGCUGCCACCACCAUGCUUCAUCAUAGGGGUGGUGCCAGGUUUCCUCCAGACGUGAUGCUUGGCAUUCAGGCCAAAGAGUUCAAUCUCCAAGCAGGCUGUCAUGUGCUUUUACUGAGGAGUGGCUUCCAACUGGCCACUCAACCAUAAAGGCCUGAUUGGUGGAGUGAUGCAGAGAUGGUUGUCCUUCUGGAUGGUUUUCCCAUCUCCACAGAGGAACUCUGUCAGAGUGACCAUCGGGUUCUUGGUCACCUCCCUGACCAAGGACCUUCUCUGCCGAUUGCUCAAUUUGGCUGGGCGGCCAGCUGUUGGAAGAGUUUUGGUGGUUCCAAACUUCCAUUUAAGAAUGAUGGGGCCACUGUGUUCUUGGGGAUCUUCAGUGCUGCAGAAAUGUUUUGGUACACUUCUUCAGAUCUGUGCCUCGACACAAUCCUGUCUCGUGAGAUCUAUGGGCAAUUCCUUCGACCUCAUAGCUUGGUUUUUGCUCUGACAUGACAUGCACCGUCAACUGUGGGACCUUAUAAAGACAGGUGUGUGUCUUUCCAAAUCAUGUCCAAUCAAUUGAAUUUACCACAGGUGGACUCCAAUCAAGUCGUAGAAACAUCUCAAGGAUGAACAAUGGAAACAGGAUGCACCUGAGCUCAAUUUAGAGUCUCAUAGCAAAGGGUCUGAGUACUUCAAGGUAUUUCAGUUGUUUCUUUCUAAUAAAUGUGCAAACAUUUCUAAAAACUUGUUUUCGCUUUGUCAUUAUGGGGUAUUGUGUGUAGAUUGAUGUGGAUUUUUUAUUUUAUUUAAUCCAUUUUAGAAUAAGGCUGUAACCUAACAAAAUAUGGGACAAGGGAAGGGGUCUGAAUACUUUCCGAAUGCACUCUAUAGUGAUGUCACAAAUGCAUAAUUUGUACAUUUCUUUAUAAAAAAAAGGUGUUAUUUGACGUGUUUGACUCUGUAACUAGCAGUUCUACUUAUUUCUCUGACAGUGACGCGGAUAUAUAGCGUUUUGCAACAAAACAUGAUUAUUUGUCUCUCUGAAAUGAAAACAUUAAGUUAGCCAUAUCAAACAAAUACAUGCCUGUCAUUGAACAACCCCAUGCCCUGAUUAGGUGGUGAAAAUAUACACCAACCUCUUUUAUAAGUUCUUUAAACAAAACAAGCUAAUUUACCAACAUGUCUGAACAUUUAUAUAUAUAGCGUUCUGGAAUGAAACUCUUACAUUUUUCUUUCACUUUGAAAAUGUGGAGGUUGUGUAGAUCGAUAGGAAAAAAACAAAUUGAAUCCCUUUUUAGGUGUAAUUUUAAGGCAGGGAAUGUGUAGACUUUCACUAGCGACUGUAUGUAGUGUAUAUAUAAACAAAUACAUGUCUAAUUUAAUGCACUGUUCAUACUGUAUUUAAUCUAGAUGCCUGUCUAAAAAAAUAUGUUUGCAUAUCUGUGUAAAGAACCAUUAAAAAAUAUUAAUCCUCUUUAAUGAAAUGUCAACUAAGCUGUAGUGACAAAUCAUCUUUUGAAAAUCGAUUUAUGACAGCAAAAAAAAAUCACUGCUUUAGAUGUGGCAGAUAUAGUUAUGAUGAUGGGGAGAGCUGUGUCUCUUCUGGCAUAGCUACUUGGCUUUGUCUCAGUAGGUUAAAGAUAAACCACAUGUGGUUAGAUAUGGGCUUGUGUGUGUACCCACAGAGCUCAGGUGGUGGAUCUCUCGACAUUGUGUGAGAGGGGAAUGCUGCCAUGACAACGCUGAUACAGUGAGUCAUUGUGACCGUGUCCUCAGAUCCUCCUCACUAGCCCUCCCCUGGGACAUGAUGGACACCAGAAGGGCACCUGGAGGGGUUGGCAUGGCUGGGACUCUGGUGCUUCUCUGGGCAGGACUAGGUCUGUUCGAGGCUUGGGGAGAAGGAGCCUCCCAGGAUGGGUCCACACAUGGGCUGUCCCCUCUCCAAACAGGACCAUAGGAGUAUGGGAGAGUCAGGGGAGACCUAACACCAGCCGUGGCCAAAGGUGAGUAUGGCACCCCAGGAUAAAAUUGAUCUGGCCAUGACAGCAAUAUAUUGUAUUUUUGCAUGUUUGGUGUAUUUACAGUAAUUGAUAUAGAAGGUAUUGAGAAUUUUUUUGAAACUGUUGUAAUCCCAGAAUUGUGAUAAUCUGUAACAAAUAUUAAUGUAUUUCGCAGAAAUGUGUUGUUUUGUGUGAUGUGUUCCUACUUCGUUACUCUAACCAUGCCAACUUCACCAAAGCAAUACAUCUCAAUAUCUCUAUCUUUCACCCCACAACAGUGUUGUCAUAGAACCCUUUAAAAUAGGUGGAGAGUUGGUCCAUGUCAAACACGGGUGUUGCUUUCAAGCUUGGGGAGAUUCCACUCAGACAUUCCAUACUGGCAGCAGGUGAGACUCCAGUCUUUGAUCUCACAGAGAGGCAGCCAAGUUCUCUCUUCUCUAGGUAGACACAGCAACCUGUUCCAAUUAUCAAAGGAUGGUACCUCACCUUGCUCUCACGUUGGCUGACCAAACAGAUGUGGGAGAAGAUGAUCACAUCCAGUUCAUUUUUAAACUCACUGCCAUUCUAACAUCAAAGUGUGUUUCAAUUCCAUUGAUUGAGGUGAUGUAAUAUACACUACUGGCUGGUGAAUUCCUAACAUUCAUUUCAAUCAAAGUUGAGCAUUGCCAAAGCUAUCGUUAUUACACACUUCAGUCUCACAAUCCUCUCACUGAUUAUCGAUCCAUGUUUUGUUCCCUUUUCUAGAAUCUGUUGGACAUCUUGGACAUGCUUUCCCCCGACCACUACAAUGUCUCUACAGCAGGGGCUGAUUGGCCUACGAGACCGGACAGUACUCCACCUUGUUCCUCCCCACACACACAGCGUUUGGCCUUCAGUAAGUCAUAUGGAUUGACAGCGUGUGGAAAUGAUAACCAGCAAGCUGAUGUAAAGAUCAAAUCUAAUCAUUUUGAGUUUGAAAGGCAUUGUCGAAAUGCCUUAUUUUAUUGGGUAGAUGGGGAGAUUCUUUCAAGGUUGACAUUAUGCUUUGGUGCGAAACUUGAACUUGAAUGUUGACAUGUUGGGCACUGAAGCUGAAUGAAUAUUACUUUGCAUUGGCUUAUGAAACUGGUCUUCAAUGUGUUUAAAGGACCAGUUACCCUGUCUGAAACACGACAAUUACAUUUCACUCCACUUUGAAUGCAAAAUAGCCUUAUUUGGCUUGCUAAUUUGCAUCAGUCACAAUUGCAUAGACAAGACUGUCAACACUGUUUGUGGUUGAAGAUGCAGUGUGAGCCUGUGGGAGAUGUGUGUGUGUCAGGUUUUCAGAUGAGGCUGGGAGGCCUGGGUGGAGGAAAGGAGUCUGCUGGCAGUGCUGUCAGAGGAAGCGGAGGAGUUGCUACAGCUGAGACUGGGAUCUGGACUACUCACCUUCGUCAGUACCUGGAGACGACGCUACUCAGUACCAACAGAUACACGUGCACAUAUGUACACACACACAGUCAAGUCCUCAUCCUCACCGCCAGGAGCUAUGGCUGAGGAUGUUGAAAUAGAUGUCAUUAGAAUGGUUGACGUGACAAAUAUGUCUCCUAUUCCAAUGUUAAGAAAAUCCAUAGAGCGUAUCAUUUAUUUUUGCCCUUAAAACAAAGCUCAAUGACUAUUUCCACGCAUAGACACUGUAGGCACAAUGUCCUCUACAGUGGAGUGUCUCUAUACCCGUUGCCUACUGAUCCACCACAUCUCUCUCUGUGUGUCCUCUUCCUCUGGGCAGGUUUCAAGCAGAGGGAUGGAGAGUGGCACCGGCUGGCCCUGUCUGUCUCUCUGUCCAGACUGGAGAUGUAUGCUGACUGCUGCCUGUCAGACUGUAGACCCUGGAGGUCUCCACCCAAGGUCUCAUUCUGCUGGGUGGGGCCAUCCAGCCCUACCACAAACCCUUUACCGUAAGCCCACUGCUUUCUGACCCCUGUGCUACAUUCCUCACAUCGGCCCCAGUCUUCCUCUCACCCCGGGGAAAAGAGGGAUGCACCAGGGAGGAAGGUCAAGUUUCAUGUUUGUAUUAGUCGUAGGUACACCGUCCAAUGAAACGCUUACUUGACUUGCAGGUUCCUUCUCAACAAUGCAACAACAAUAAGAAAUAAGAAAAGAUAAGAAACAAACAUAAAGUAAAUUUACUGUAGGUUGGCUCAAUGUGAAGUUCUUGAUUGGACUAAUCAGAGAAAAUGACUUGGUGAUGUACUGUAUGCUUGGUCAUAUCUUCUGGUGGAGUAAUAGUUAUAUUAUCUUACAAAUUAAUUAACUUGUUUUAUUUGAACUGUUAUUGCUCUUGAUAAUUUAACGGUUUUACGAUGCAUUCAAAGCGUUAUUGGAUUUUUUCCCCCCAAUCUGAAUCAAAGGAAUAUCUCUUAACAUUUGAAGCUCUUUUUUUUUUACAUGAAUCAAAAUCUUUCUGCCUGAUAGACAGAGCUCUAAUUGUGCAGACCUAAACCGAAGAGUGAAUAUUAAAAUCAAUGGAGAACCAUCAUCAUAUUGUAUGUGGUGGUGCUGUAUGGCUUGUCUUAACCAGCCAAGGUGUGUGGACACAGCCAGGCUGAGUCCAGCCAUCUCAGUGGCCAUCCUUUAUCCUAGCCCACGUCAUUGACAAGGCUUCUAUGGAUGACACUGCCUCCUCAGUGAUGCCCUGCCUGUAUAAAACCUCACGUCUCCCCUCACUCUGUCCUUUCCUGCACAUGAACAAAGCAGGACUAACACAUACCACACACACCAACAACUGGCACUCCCACCUGAAAAGAAGGGACCUAUCCAUGUGGAAUAUACUGAUGUUUACUCGUAAGAAGCUACCUGGUGGAUAUUGACCUCACCGUCUGGGGCUGCAACUGUGGAACUGUCACUGGAGGUUCCGGACAAUGGACCGUCGCAGGAAGUUCCGGACCGUGUAUCGUCGCAGGAGGUUCCGGAAGCUCCGGACCGGGGAACAUCACCGGAAGCUCCGGACAGGGGACCAUCAACGGAGGCUCCGGACUGGGGACUGUUGCCGGAUGCUCUGGACUGGGGACCGUCGCCGAAAGCUCCGGACUGGGGACUGUUGCCGGAUGCUCUGGACUGGGGACCGUUGCCGGAUGUUCUGGACUGGGGACCAUCGCCGGAAGCUCCUCCCAGGUGGUCUUUGGCUCUCUCCAUUCACUCUCCUCCAAUUUCUCCAUCUUCUCCCAGAUGGGCUCUGGUUCCCUCCUCGGCUCCGCUAACCACCCCGUGUGCCCACCCCCAAAACAUUUUUGGGGCUGUCCUUUGGGCUUCCGUUGUGGCCGCGAACCCUGGCGUCGGCGCUAUCCUCCCUUCUCUCCUUGCGUCUGCUGCGAAGGAAGGUGAUCCUGUCCUGCCAGGAUUUCCUCCCAAGUCCAGGAUCCCUUCCCAUCCAAGAUUUCCUCCCAAGUCCAGGAUACCUUCUCCUCCUGGGCACGCUGCUUGGUCCUGGUGUGGUGGGAUCUUCUGCCACGAUCGUCAUAAUAACAUUCAGAUCAAGGCGCUGCGUGAUAUGGGUGAUAUGGCAAAAAAACGAUAAAGAGCAAACGACACGUGAAGCUAUGGAGUGCUCACAGGCACCUACACAUAAUCAAGGUCCCACAAAAAAACUAUUGGCCUAGCGUCACCCGGGUUAGGGAGGGUUUGGCCGGUAGGGAUAUCCUUGUCUCAUCGUGCACCAGGGACUCCUGUGGCAGGCCGGGCGCAGUGCACGCUAACCAAGGUCGCCAAGUGCACGGUUGAUAGAGGAAAUUAUGGUUGAAAUGACUAAUUAUGUAUACAUUCCAAUCAGAACUGACUAGUCCAAAUGCUAUAAUGUACUGUACAUGUGAAUUUUCUCUCUUGCUCCCUUUCCCAAUUGUAUAUAAUGUAGUCAGGAGUUUAGUAACAAUGAAGGUCUGUUCCUUAGUUCAUUCAGUUGUACAAAUCUCCAGGUGGUGGGAACGGGCCAGAUUGUCUAGAAUGUUGAUUUAUGCUGACUGGCCUUGACUUCGUGCUGAUAACGCGAAGGCUCAAGAGCUAGGGGGCCCCUCUGCUUGUGAAAUAGAACGUUUGGAAAACGCUGACGUCAUUUUCAGUUUAUAACCUGUGGAAAUGUGUGUAUGCAUUUAGUACUCUCUUGUAAUAAACGCUGUUUACCUUUGGCUUUUAA